AUGACUUCGAAAUCGUCUAAAGUAAACUUUUCAGAAGUGCUUCCCGACGACGAGAAGAUCAUAUCCCGGAAUCUAGCGUGGCGAAAGAUAUUGGAACGAUAUUCUGAAGCUGUUGGUGGCGACGAUGAUGAGGGUAUACUCAUAAGCGAUUUUGUACAGCAUUACCCCGUCUCUGGCGACAUUCUUUCGAAUGAUAGUUCGGCAUCCGAUGUUUGUGAAGACGAAAAUAGUUUUAGCAGUUCCUCAGACGACGAUCUCCAGGAAAACAAGCAACAGCUGGCGGUGGCCGUGAAAGCCAGAACCAAUCAGUGGAAGGAAACUGGACUGGAAAAAAUCUUCAUGGAUAACUUUACCCUCGAGACGAAAGAAGUGAUGAACUGGCUGGAGCAUUGCAAAGCGGGUCAGAGCAAAGCUCUGGAACGAGAACAGGAGACACGUUUCACGGAACUCGACGGCGAUAAGACGCUCGAUGUGAGCUGCAAGCGCAACGUUUCGUUCCUGAACCAAAACGGAGCGCAACAGCUUACUUCGAUUAACAACUCAAACAUCGAGCUGAAGAAUGAUGCGGGAAGACGGAUCAUAUUCCAACAGACGGAACGUACGCUUACGACAAUUUUCGACGAAACUGCUGGAUCGACGACUGGUCUGGCCCUGCCGUCUUCAAUGUUUUCAUUCUCAAACUUGAGCGUGAACAACAUUCCUGGCGCCCUACAGGGUCUGCGGUCAGCAUUGAAACCGAAGCCAUCCAAAAAGGUAACAUUCAAGCCAUUGAAACCUCUUAAGAAAACCAAACUAAAGGAACCGAACGAUAGUUCAAAACUAAGCAAGAAAUUAGAAAUGAGCCAAGCGAUUGCUCCAAAACAGGUUGCCAAAAUGCAACCGAAAGAUGUUGUAAUCUCUACUUCGGAUAGUGAUGAUGAUAAAAGCGAGUCGCUCAGUGCAAAAGUAACGCGAAAACCGGCCAAUCAAAAGCGGGUAACUUUCAAAGGAAUGAUGCCUGAUAAAGAUCUCCUAAAAACACCGAUUGGUAUUUCCCAGCAGAACAAGGAGAUAGAAAUGGGCAAAGAAAAAUCGUCCAAAAAAAUCAACAAUAAGCAUACGAAAGCUACCACAAUAUGUAGUGGUACGGACACUGAUGACGAGAAGCCAGUAACCCAUUUGCUGGGAACUCGGACUCGAAAAGCAUUUGAUAAAAAGCAAACUAACGCUUUGAAACCGAAACCAUCCACCUCAUGUGAUGGUCCGCAAAUACAGGAUACCUACAGAAAUUGCACCUCUCAGCAGAAAAUAACGGAAACCAAAAGCAAAAAUCAACAAACUGGCGAAUCAUCGACCGAACUCACUAUCAAAUCACAAGGAAAACUAGAAGAACUGACCGUUGCGCCACGCACUGCGUUGCAUUCUAUUACUGUAAAGCAGCUGGCGAACGAAAGAAGCGAUGAGAAUGGACUGAACAAAAAGACUGCAGCCGAUACAGCGUUGCAAAAGCCUAAUACCACAAACACAGAACUCACGGGCACGAAGCCUAAUAACGACCAGCAUUAUUACAUGACGGCGACAAUGAAGGAGCAGCUAAAGAUUGGAGGCCGGUUUCGGUAUCGACUGCAGGGGAUGGUGAUUUAUCGGCCUAAGCAGAUCAAGCUUGACGCGCCGGUAACCGAGCGGAUCCGGAUUACGCGUGAAAACCUUGAUCUUGGAGCCAUCGAGGAUGAGAAGAAACGGGAAAAGUUCAGCAACUUCCUGUACAGCAUUCAUCCGAACUCGACGAUGGUGUACUACAUGAGCGAAGAUGAGGAGGAACCGGAAGCUGCGAACGACGGGGAUGGUAGCGAGUCGGAGGAUGAGGACGAUCCGAUUCUCACAUUCCGUCCCAAGGUUUGUGUGUUUGAAAUUCCAUACGAGGGCCCUUCGGUCUAGCUGUAUGUUUCGACUAUACAGAAUUUAACCAAAAUUUUAAGUUAGCCAUUACGGGGUUCGUUAAUAAUGCCAUAUUUUACAUGAUAAGCUCACGCUGCAAUAUCAGUAGCAUAAUAAGAGCACCUUCCCGUGCUUGUCGCAGACUACUUUGAUUGCAUAAA